AUGGCGCCCGUACCUCGCGUAGACCAUGAUGCUCUCGAGCUCCAGCUCAAAGAAACCAUCCAGUCUCUCUACCAAAUCCUGGUCCAGGUGACCGCCUACGACAGCAGCGGGACGACCACUUCGCGACCCUCGCGCGACGUCCUCGCCAACGAACUGCGCAACCUCGACGCGUCCCUCCAAACCGUCCACCGCACCGCCUCCGUCCCUGACGCCCUGCCCCGCAUCCCGCCCGAGCUCAUCCAGUACGUCGAGAACGGCCGCAACCCCGAUAUUUACACGCGCGAGUUCGUCGAGUUGGUACGCCGGAACAAUCAGAUGAUGAAAGGGAAGCAGGACGCGUUUGCGAGCUUUCGGGACGUGCUUGCCGGGGAGAUGGACAAGGCGAUGCCGGAGCUGAGGGAGGAUACGGCAAGGGUGUUGGCGGCUACCGGGGGCGCCGGCGCUGAGGCUGGAGCGCCGACUGGAUCUUGA